AUGCCUAAAUUUCAAAUCGUCCUUAUUUUUUUUCCCUUCAUUAUAAUCUCUGUAGUGGUUUCCUGCACAUUUGACAAAAUCUUCACCUUAACCUAUCUUACUCUUUCCACCACCAUGUUCGGCUUGACCUCCCUUGCUACCCGUGCCUUCGCUGGCAUGCGUCCGACUCUCCUUCGGCCCUUGGCCACGCCGCUUUUUUUGGCUUCUCCCCAAAUCUCGCCCAUCCGGACUUUCAAGGUCAGAACCUCGGUGAAGAAGUUUUGCAAGGACUGUUACAUGGUGAGAAGAAAAGGCAGAGUCUAUGUGUACUGCAAGUCCAACGGGAAACACAAGCAAAGACAAGGCUGA